CUGGCGGCGCGGCUGAGGGGAAGCCGAGGGCGCAGCGGCGGCGGCGCCGCCGCCGGGAGCCGCCGGGAUGAAGCUGGUGCGGAAGGACCUGGAGAAGGAUAACGCGGGGCAGGUGACGCUGAUCCCCGAGGAGCCCGAGGACAUGUGGCACACCUACAACCUGCUGCAGGUGGGCGACAGCCUGCGGGCCUCCACCAUCCGCAAGGUGCAGACCGAGUCGGCCACGGGCAGCGUGGGCAGCAACCGCAUCCGCACCACCCUCACCCUCUGCGUGGAGGCCAUCGACUUCGACUCGCAGGCCUGCCAGCUGCGGGUCAAGGGCACCAACAUCCAGGAGAACGAGUACGUCAAGAUGGGGGCCUACCACACCAUCGAGCUGGAGCCCAACCGGCAGUUCACGCUGGCCAAGAAGCAGUGGGACAGCGUGGUGCUGGAGCGCAUCGAGCAGGCCUGUGACCCGGCCUGGAGUGCCGAUGUGGCAGCCGUGGUCAUGCAGGAGGGGCUGGCUCACGUCUGCCUCGUCACCCCCAGCAUGACCCUCACACGUGCCAAGGUAGAGGUGAACAUCCCUCGCAAGCGGAAAGGGAACUGCUCUCAGCACGACCGGGCCCUGGAGAGAUUUUACGAGCAGGUGGUGCAGGCAAUCCAGCGGCACAUCAACUUCGAUGUCGUGAAGUGUGUGUUGGUGGCCAGCCCAGGCUUCGUGCGGGAACAGUUUUGUGACUACAUGUUUCAGCAGGCAGUCAAGACUGACAACAAGCUCCUGUUAGAGAACAGGUCCAAGUUCUUGCAGGUCCAUUCUUCCUCGGGACAUAAAUAUGCGUUGAAGGAAGCCCUUUGUGACCCAGCUGUAACUAGCCGUCUCUCUGACACUAAGGCAGCUGGUGAGGUGAAAGCCUUAGAUGACUUCUAUAAAAUGCUGCAGCAUGAGCCAGAGCGGGCUUUUUAUGGUCUAAAGCAUGUGGAGAAGGCCAAUGAAGCCAUGGCCAUUGACACCUUGCUUAUCAGUGAUGAGCUCUUCCGGCACCAGGAUGUGGCUACACGUGCUCGAUAUGUUAAAUUGGUAGAUAGUGUUCGGGAGAACAUGGGCACAGUGCGCAUCUUCUCCAGCCUUCACGUGUCUGGGGAACAGCUUGGGCAGCUGACAGGGGUGGCAGCCAUCCUGCGCUUCCCUGUUGCUGAGCUGUCUGACCAGGAAGAUGAGUCUAGCUCUGAAGAAGAUUGAUGAUGGUGACUUUCUUUUCCCAGUUCACCUUGAAAAGAAAACAAAGGCCUUCCCUUCCCAAAGACUAUGUGCAGAUGUGCCAUGAUAUGUAACUUAAGUUUUUGAUAACAUCUCUUACAGUGUAAAGCUUUACUCAAAACUCUAAUGGAUAUCUGUUCUAUGACAAAUUAUGGAUACACUGUGGAUUGGAGCUGAUUUUGCAAGUUACAUCCUGGACUUCCAGCAGUACAAGAAACUGAUUUCACUCCCAAAAGCUGUUCUUCUUGCAUAUUCAUGCAGAUUGACAGCUUAAUGUUUUGGAAUGUAUAUGAAAAGAUAAUAAAUUAAGAGGGAGAAACAUG